GCUCGUUGGAAUAUCAAACCUCCAUGUAUGACAAUUUGUACCUGCAUGGAUUUGAAGACUCGGAGGCGGGCUCAGCUGAUUCAUACACUAGCAGACCAUCAGACUCAGAUGUAUCUCUGGAGGAGGAGCGGGAGGUGCAGGCCCAGGUCCAGAGCCAGAGCCCAAACCAGAGCCAAGGACCGGGACAGAGCCGUCAGGAGAGGGAGCAACAGGCCGCCGUUCAGCUGGAGAGAGCCAAGAGUAAACCCGUAGCAUUCGCUGUAAGGACCAAUGUCAGUUACUGUGGCGCUCUGGACGAGGACGUUCCAGUCCCGGCCACGGCCAUCUCCUUUGACGCCAAGGACUUCCUCCACAUAAAGGAGAAGUUCAACAACGACUGGUGGAUCGGUCGGUUGGUGAAGGAGGGCUGCGAGAUCGGCUUCAUCCCCAGCCCUCUGAAGCUCGAGAACAUCCGGCUGCAGCAGGAGCAAAAGAGAGGACGAGUCCAAGGUAAGUCUGGAGGAAACUCCUCUUCCAGUGUGGAGGAUGAGGUCUCUGCCUCUAUCCGACCACUCAUUUCCUCAGCAGGAAAGCAGAAACAGAAAGUGACGGAGCAUGUCCCCCCGUAUGACGUGGUUCCCUCCAUGAGGCCCGUGGUGCUGGUCGGACCGUCGCUCAAAGGCUACGAGGUCACGGACAUGAUGCAGAAAGCUCUCUUUGACUUCCUCAAGCACAGAUUUGACGGCAGGAUAACUAUAACACGAGUCACCGCAGACAUCUCGUUGGCCAAGAGGUCGGUUCUGAACAACCCCAGUAAGCGGGCCAUCAUCGAGCGCUCCAACACUCGCUCCAGUCUAGCUGAGGUCCAAAGUGAGAUUGAAAGGAUCUUUGAGUUGGCCCGCUCCCUGCAGCUGGUGGUGCUGGACGCCGACACCAUCAACCAUCCAGCCCAGCUCCUCAAGACCUCCCUGGCCCCCAUCAUCGUCCACGUCAAAGUGUCCUCACCGAAGGUUCUGCAGAGGUUAGUCAAGUCCAGAGGGAAGUCCCAGAGCAAACACCUGAACGUCCAGCUCGUGGCAGCAGAAAAACUGUCCCAGUGUCCCCCUGAGAUGUUCGACAUCAUCCUGGACGAGAACCAGCUGGAGGACGCCUGCGAACAUCUGGCCGAGUACCUGGAGGCCUACUGGAAGGCAACCCACACCUCGAUGGCGACGCCCCUGAACCCUCUGAUGGGUCGGAACCUGGGCACCACCGCGCUCACCCCGUACUCCACCAGCAUCUCCGGUCUGCAGAGCCAAAAGACACGGCAGAGCAACCACACCGGAGACCACUCCAUCCCGAACGAGCGGCGCAACCUGAUGACGUCGGACGAGAACUACCACAACGAGCGGGCGCACAAGGGCCGCAACCGCGUGUCGUCCGGCUCGCAGCACAGCCGGGAGCAGCAGGACCCCUACCAGGACUACCAGGACCCAUAUCAGGACGCCUACAAGCCGCAUCGCAACCGCAGCUCGCCGGGCAGCUACAGCCACGACUCCCGGCACCGGCUCUGAGUCUACCGAGCCGACACCAAGACCCUGACGACCCGGGUGUCUCAAAACAAAGCCCACAACCGAGCCGAGACCAAAACGUCCCUCUUUUCUUUCCCUGAUCUGCUCCAGCAGUCCGGUUUUCAUUUUGAACUGAGCAGCAUGAGGAGUUGUAAUUA